CACAUCGAUUAAUUUCAUUGAAAUUAUUUAAUAGAAUGACAAAUUUGUGUAUAGUAUGCCUUAUGUGAUUAUUUUGCUGCUGUAAGGAAACAAGCAGCGUUUAAUGUAUAAAAAUAGGACUACAAAUCCCACAAACCACUAGGCGUUAUUCUCAGUUUUGAGAGAAGGGGGCUGCUUUUAGUAAUAUUUCUUCUCUUCUCAGCCGAUAUCACGGUUUGUUUUGGUAACGCUUCGUUCUGUAUUUGCUUUCUUUUUAUAAUCUCGUUCUAGAGGGUGAGCAACAGGGACUUAAACAAAUGAGUUACGGUUUCGUGCACAAACGGCUUCAGGCGAUAGCUAGCUAAUAUUAGCAGCAGCUUCCAGUAGAUUUACGUCUUGUAUCCGCAGCUUUCUGACCACGGCUAACAUCUAAACCUCUCAGACCUGCUCUGCCACAAUGAAUUUUAUUAGAUCACCCCUUCUGAGUACUGGCGUUGGUAAAUAAUUGGUCGACUCGUGCCAGUCUUGGUUUGAUUUGUACGUAGCUUGGCUGAUUUGGCCUGUUUUUUUUUUUGUUGUUGUUUUUGUUUUUUGUCUACGAGCAUCGAAAACACGAAUUGUUCUUCAGGCAGCGAGGUUAACUGCGGUGUUGGAGAAAACAUUUAUCAAGUUCAUUAUGGCGCAGCACGACCCCACACAUGUAGCCAGUUCUCAGAAAGCACUCAUGUUGGAAAUGAAGAGCCUUCAAGAGGAGCCUGUUGAAGGAUUUAAGAUUACACUGGUGGAUGAGGCAGAUUUGUACAACUGGGAAGUAGCUAUCUUCGGACCCCCAAACACUCAUUAUGAAGGGGGAUAUUUUAAGGCUCGGAUCAAGUUCCCCAUAGACUACCCAUAUUCCCCACCUGCCUUCAGAUUUCUCACAAAGAUGUGGCACCCCAACAUUUAUGAGAAUGGAGAUGUCUGCAUAUCUAUUUUGCACCCUCCAGUAGAUGACCCUCAGAGUGGAGAGCUGCCUUCAGAGAGAUGGAAUCCCACUCAAAAUGUUCGGACCAUUUUGCUGAGUGUAAUCUCACUGCUGAACGAACCAAACACUUUCUCACCUGCCAAUGUGGAUGCUUCUGUCAUGUACCGUAAAUGGAGAGACAGCAAAGGCAAGGACCGGGAAUAUGUAGAAAUCAUCAGGAAACAGGUUUUGGCCACCAAGGCAGAGGCUGAACGUGAUGGCGUAAAGGUUCCCACCACGCUGGCUGAGUACUGCGUCCGCACACGUGCCCCAGCUCCCGAUGAAGGCUCAGACCUCUUCUAUGACUAUUACUAUGACGAUGAGGACCUGGAGGGCGGGGACGGCGACUGUUGCUAUGAUGAAGAUGACUCGGGCAAUGAAGAGUCGUGACGUGCAUCUUGACAGCACACUUAUAUUUGCUGAAACAUGUUGCCCAUUGUCUUUAGGGUUGCAAGAAAUUCUAGGUCUAAAACCAAGAAAGAUUUGAGGCCUCCCACGUUAAACCAAUGAAAACAGAUAUUUGAAUUCAUUUCUCUGAAUUCAUUUCAGUGGCUGAAAACAAUGCACCGCUCUGAGGGCGCGUCUGACAUGUUAAGACUUGCACCAGCACAAAAUAAAUAAAUAGAUCACCAGUUUCUUCAGUUUUGCAAGCUGCUUUCAUUAUUAUCACAUGAAACCUUAUCUUGACACAAACCCAGUCGUAUUCUGAGGAUGCACCCCCUACAUUUGCUAGUGGGGGGUUAAUACCACUGUCAACAACAGCUCAUUUGCACUGGUGCAAACUCUUACACAUUUUCUUCAGUCUCUGUCUUUCAUAUCUUUAUUUCCCUAAUUUUGCACAGCCAUUAGUCAGCAGUUGUCUGUCUCUGUGACUGACAGAAGAAUGUGGACUUCACUUAACUGCCAACACUGAUGUGCUGAAUAAUUUCUAGUUCUUGCUUCGAUGGGAACAGACCUCAGUUGUGAAGGGACAAAGUUUUUAAAGUUCUUGUGCAUGCCAGAGCAUCUCAGAAGCUUUUUGUCUCUUUGCGGUGGACUUCACCGACAUCUUGACCCAUGUCCACUUCUGUGAUAACUACAGACUUGACUGUGGAGGUCAUUAAGAAUUCCCUAUCUGGAGUGGGUCAGAGCAUUAUAAGAAGACUUCUGGUAAUAGGAAUUUGAUCUUUGCUGUGUUCUGGUUACUGUUGGCUGUGUUUAUCUGUCAUUUUAAGUAUGGGGUUCUAUUAUGUGAAGUAGCUCAGAUACAAAGUUUUUCAGGGGGCAGAACUAAUUACUGAUCAGAAUUGUAUUUCUCCUCAGGUUCUUUCUCCGAGACACCUGAUGGAGCCAAAGAUGUAACACAGUGUAAAAGAAAGCCCGAAACAUUUUGUGACAGUAGUCUUUAUCGUGUUGUCUGUUUGCUGUUUACGCUUUUCCACAUUUUAUUUUAGUCACUUUGUUUUGAUGAGCAUAAAUGCCUGAAAUCUUUGGCUGAUAGUGAUUGUGAUGCGAUAGACUGGCAAAAGCUAGAAAAAGUAUUUCAGAAAACUCUUUUUGCAGUAUGACUCGGUUUUCAUCCCUGAAAGUGGAAAAACAAAAGGAGGUGGUGUUUUAGUUUUUGUUGCUAUUUUUUUGUGCUAGUGGAGAGUGGACAGGUUUUGACAUCAUUUUUAGAGUGUACGAGUAUGUGUGUCCCUUUGUGUGUAUUUUGCAUCAGCAUAUUGAUUGUUUCGUUUACUCCAAUUGGACUUAAUGCUGAAUUUCUCAGGAUCAUUAAUUACAUAUGAUUAAAUUAAAAUGAGCAACUGUUGUACUCUUUAAGUUGGUUCAGCAAUUACUGAUAUGCGCAUUUCACUGUACGGAUGAUCACAUUUUUCUUCUCUCUACUUUUUCUGCUAUUUAAAACUGAAAAAUAAAGCUUGGACAAGAAUGAUGGUA